AUGAGAACAUUUCAAUCACGACCAGAGAGGGACCUCCCCUACUCGGAUGAGUUCUCCUCUGCCGAGGAAUACAUCGAGAGCCUCCUCGACUUCACCACCAACUCAGAGACCUUUCGCUUCCUCUGCGGUGGUGUUCACAUAUUGGACUUUUUCACAACCGAACCCGGCGUCUUCGUUGCAGCUGUGCCCAAGGAAUGGCAAGCUUUUCUUCUGGAGAAGGAGCCAAUGGUUCUUCUCGAUUUUCUCAUGCGGGACGACCUGUCAUCUCUCUCACCCAACCGUGGCCCCGGCUCACCUCCCGAGUCGCUUGUUCGCUAUGUCAAGGACAUCAGAAAACAUUCGUUGAGACGGUCAUUUCAGCCUAGCAAGCCCAAGCUCCCCAUACUGCCCCGAUCAGUCGCCCUUGGUAUGAAGACAAAAAAGGUUCACGAAGUGACCCAUUUUGCAGGGUACAUCGACAGGCUGGCCGAGGACAUUGCUGAGACCCGGGGCAAGGACCUGACUCACUUUGUCGACUUUGGCUCUGGUCAGAACUACUUGGGUCGUACUCUUGCAAGUCCACCUUACAACAAGCACAUUGUAGCAGUGGAGAGCAAAGAAGCCAACAUGGCUGGCGCCAAGGACCUCGAUAUCCUGUCAGGCUUGGCCGAGAAGGAGAAGCGAGUUCGGAACAAGAAGCUCUACCACCGGAUUCUAGAGGCCACGGAUCCGUCUCAGCAUAACGACGAGGAGGCCUUGAAGCGGGUCGCAAGAGAACUCGGCGUGACAGACGAGGAGCUUGCCACGAUCGAUCUCAGAUCACGCAAGGAGAUGCAGGCCACGUAUACCGUCGAGGAGGGGAAGGGAACCAUCGAGUAUGUCGUCGGGCGCCUUGAGCACGCCGACCUGACUGGUGUUCUUUCGCAGCUGAGGGGUUGCGAGGAGGAGGUUGACCAAGACAAGCUCGCUAUGAUGGCGGUAUCCAUCCACUCUUGCGGGAACCUCUCGCAUUAUGGUAUUCGUUCCAUGGUGCUGAACCCAUGCAUCCACGCCGUAGCCAUUGUGGGCUGCUGUUACAACCUGAUGACGGAGAAGUUGGGUCCCCCUACUUUCAAGCCCCCGUUCGGUCGACCAAGUCUGCAGCCCAUCAAUGCUCGAGUUGCACGAGAAGCAGAGAAGCGAGACCCCCAGGGCUUCCCCAUGAGCGAGCAGGUGUCCACUUACAAUGAUGACGGGGUUCGACUGAAUAUCACCGCCCGCAUGAUGGCGUGUCAAGCGCCUCAAAACUGGACUGAGCAGGAAAGCAGCGGCUUCUUUACCCGCCAUUUCUACCGUGCGGUCCUCCAAAAGAUGUUUCUGGACAGGGGCGUCAUCUCGCGGAUCUAUCAUGGUGAAGAAACUGACAAGAGUGUCUUUAACACAAGCACCAACCCGGUGGUAAUCGGGUCCUUGAGGAAGCAGUGCUAUACCUCAUUCGCUGCAUAUGUCCGUGGAGCAAUUGCGAAGCUGACCACCAACUCCGAGUUCAACCAAUACAACGAGGUCAUUACAGAGAAGAUGGGGAACAUCACGGACGAGGAAAUUGCUCGAUAUGAGGACGAGUUCCGAGAUCGGAAGAGAGAGCUCAGCGCCGUAUGGAGCUUGAUGGCCUUCAGCGCAUGCGUCGUAGAAUCCCUGAUUGUCACUGACCGUUAUCUCUUCUUGCGCGAGCACUCCGAUAUCGUCCAAGACUGCUGGGUCGAGACGGUUUUCGAUUACCGCGAGAGUCCCCGCAACCUGGUGGUGGUUGGCAUCAAGAGGUAA